AGGAUAAAUACAUUUGUGGUCAGAGAACUGGAUGGCCUAGUCGUGUGAGGUCAACCCCAGGUCUAUCGGUGGCAGCAGUUCUGCCAUUCUCAAUCUCAUCAGUUUCACGCACACCUCGUUGUCAUAUCCGUUCUUGUAACUGCGUAAGAACAGGGACCCUAUGUAGUCUCGCUCAGCCAACAGAGUAUUUGUAGGAACGGUAUUGCCCUGAGAAGGCUUUGCCUGUGUGCAUAUAUGUCCACGCGACGUCCGAAUGUUAAAGAUUGGAUACAAAGAUCGAUCCAGAAGCCGUGGGCACAGUGGCGGCGGGAAUAUUGAUAAAGCGGGACUUGUCAAUAGAGUAUCUGGGACGAAGGGGACUGGCUUUUUGUUAUUUCUUACUUUAUUUUCGUGUAUCUACUUAUUCCGCGGAACCCACACAGUGGAAGCUCGCUUUCGAUCUACUACCAUUACAUUUUCUGGAAUUAUUUCGUCCAAGAACAGCCAUCCAGGAUUUCAUCGAAGCGAAUGUUUCGUACGAUUGUGGGAAGGAAAACAACGUCUCGGCAUGGAGGAAGGGCGUAAGAUGGGUGGAGCUGCUCAGAGGGAGGCUGUUAGUUCUUGCAAUCUUCAAGGUAAAUAUGAAUCAUUGGGAGAAACGAAAUGCUUGGAGAACCGCCUGUUCCUGCACGCUACUCAUUCCAACCAUGAAUUCGGUUCACUGACCUUGGUCAUUUUGAUGCGUGAGGAUUCCUCCAAGAUUCCUUGCAGCUGGAAUUCAAAACAGUGUCGACGUGCACUCAACUUUACGCCGGCCUGGUGGAUGGUUGGAGUCGAAGGCCAUACGCUGCAAAAGGAUUGCGGCUAUGUGAAAGUUUUACCGGUGGAGACUUUCUUCCCCUGCCGUGAUCGAUCAUCAGACUCAGGGGACUAAGCGGCGAGACGCUUGUCGGGACUCAUUAAGAUCAUUUCAAGUUGAAAUGGGCAUGGCUGCGAUCAGAAAUGGGGCGCAAGCUGGCCUGAUUGCUUCAAAUUGUUGGAUCCAGGUGCGGAGGUUAUCGCCGGGAGCCCGGAGUGAAGAGGCGCACCAGCGACCCAUCAUUGCUGAAAGGUUGGGUUGCUGUCUUCCCGGAUCCGGACAACAUAUUCACUUGCCAUAAUUUCGCAAUUUCGCUUUGACGUGUUGGAAACAUUCCGGACCUGUACUCCCGACUCCACGGCGCAGAGGAGCAGGCAAGGAGGAGGCCCCAAUCCAUCCCUUCCUC